GAGAAACGGGGGCCGGUGAGCAUGACUGCCGCCCGCCACUAUCCGGCACAAGCCCAAAUUCCGCCGGGGACCCCGCACGGCAAUUGCAUCUUGUAAUUUGGUAAUUUACAGCUCGGAUUGGUGUAAAGUGCUGGCGGAAAAAUGUUGAUUGCAGUGCGACGCCAGCAUACCGUUUGCAAUUAAUUGCCGUUCAUUUUCUGGCGUCCACUCUUGGAUGUGUUUCGGUCCUGAUGCAACGCAAGCACUACUUCAUCAUGUUCGCUUGCUACGGGCGCGCGGCGGAAUGGUUUCGCGAUAAGAUCUUCGCCUUCUGGUCCUCUGAAGGGGUGGGACGGCCUUGGCUGGUAGUCGACUUCUAGUCUUCUCGUGCUGAAGUCAGCGAAAUCACGGGAAGUUCAUUCGGUCGAGGUGCCUGGCCUGUGCGUCUGGUUCAGCGUUUUAUCUGCUGCUACUGUUUUCCCAUUGCUAAGCGUGGUCAGCGGGAGAUCGCAAUUCAGUGUCGCGGUCUGUAUCACAGUUCUCUUAUCAACGCCGUAAUCUCGUUACAGUGCUUCAGUGAUCCGGGGACGGAGACAAUUUAUGUAACAGCAGACGAGCGUAACGUGUACGCGGAUGUGGUUGUCACUUACUGGUCGGAACAUUUGCCAAAAUGAGUCUUCAGUCAAUAAAGUAUGAACUUGGAAAGCUUGAGAUCCUGGAUCAGCUGUUGCUGCCCGUUCAGUCGAAGUACCUGCCAGUGAAGGGCGUCGAAGAUGGUUGGAAGGUCAUCAACAAGAUGCAGGUUCGCGGAGCGCCCGCUAUAGCCAUUGUGGGAUGUCUUUCUUUGGCCGUGGAGAUCUACCCUGAAAAGUAUGACUCGAAGAAAACAUUGCGGCAAGAGAUCGAAGGCAAACUCAAUUAUUUGGUGUCAGCCCGGCCAACAGCUGUGAACAUGAAGAUUGCCGCUGACGAAUUACUUGCGUUGGCUAAUGAGCUGACCAAAGAUGAGAACUGCACCGUGGACGAGAUGAAAUCGAGGUUUUUGAAUGCAACCGAGGCAAUGCUGCAGAAAGAUAUUUCGGAUAAUAUGGCCAUCGGCGCGGCGGGGGCAGAGGCGAUCUUGACGAAUCUUCCAUCAGGUGAAGGCACUGUACGAGUGCUGACACACUGCAAUACAGGAUCAUUGGCGACAGCAGGGUACGGCACCGCAUUAGGAGUAGUCCGAAAACUUCAUGACUUGAAAAGGCUUGAGCAUGUUUACUGUACGGAGACACGACCAUAUAAUCAGGGUGCUCGAUUAACUGCUUUCGAAUUAGUUCAUGAUAAACUUCCGGCAACGUUAAUACUAGACAGCAUGGUGGCAGCUCUUCUACGUUCAAAGCGAAUUACCGCCGUUGUUGUCGGUGCCGAUAGGGUUGCCGCCAAUGGCGAUACGGCCAAUAAAAUCGGCACUUACCAAAUCGCUGUUGUUGCCCGUCAUCAUAGCGUUCCAUUUUAUGUAGCGGCUCCGCUUACUUCAAUCGAUUUGGCUAUUCAAAGUGGUGACCAUAUAAUUAUUGAGGAACGACCAGAUCGGGAGAUGACCCAUGUGGGUGAGCAUCGGAUAGCAGCACCAGGCAUCACAUGUUGGAACCCGGCGUUCGAUGUAACUCCUGCUGACUUGAUCACAGGAAUAAUUACAGAGAAGGGUGUCUUCACCCCAGGUAAUUUACAAGAGGAGGUGAAGAAGCUGCAGAAAUCUUGAAACGCGCGUGAACUUUUGAUUUCGUUACAUUUAAGGGAAGUAAAAUACUAUACGCAUAAACUAUCGAAAGAAAUCAUAGUUGCUGAGGUUACGAGGAUAAUUGUUGUAUUUAUUAAUAAACACUUUUCUAAAUACUA